UAUAUGUAGCUUAGCUGAAGAGAGAAGGGAGUAGUAAUAGUAACUGAAGUGUGAGAAACUCCAUAAGGAGCGUAAAAAAGGCGCAAAAUACGCCCAAUACCAACAAACCCAAAUGCCCUCCUAUAAAUGCCAAUAAAUCAUCUCUCUUUCCCUCCAUCCUCUUUCCUCCCAAGCUUAGACAUGGAUUUGGAUCACCCAUCCGCGCCAGACCUCGAUCUUCACAGUCUCGGGGCCCUCAGGGUACUCGGAAAAGGAGCCAUGGGGACCGUCUUCCUCGUCCACCACCGCCUUGCCGAUGACCCUGCUCAUUUCCCCUUUGCUCUCAAGGUCGUCGACAAAUCCUCUUUUGUCUCCAAGCUCGACGCGGAGCGCAGAGCCCGUUGGGAGAUUCAGGUUCUUUCUCGUUUGUCCUUCCCUAAACCCCACCCCUUCCUCCCCCACAUUAUCGGUUCAUUCGAGUCCGACGAAUUUUUGGGCUGGGCCCUUCCCUACUGUCCUGGCGGCGACCUUAACGUCUUGCGUCACCGUCAAAUGGACCGGGUUUUCUCGCCCGCCGUCAUCAGGUUCUAUUUGGCCGAGAUAGUCUGUGCGCUCGACUACCUCCAUAGCCUGGGCAUCGUCUAUCGAGAUUUGAAGCCGGAGAAUGUAUUGAUUCAACAAUCGGGUCACGUUACUCUCACGGACUUUGAUUUGUCGCGUAAUUUGACUCGCAGAACAGUAAAUGACGUCGUCUCGCUUGAUAACUCCGGCCACGAGAAGCCGACGGUGGUCGUCCGGCCAAAAAACGGGCGGAAAUUGACGCGAUGGUUUAUGGCGACCUCCAAUGCUCGAGACGGGUCAAGGAAGGCUAAAUUGGCUCGGGUUAGCCCUGUGAGCCGCCGGAAGCCGAGUUUCUCCAACGGCGAGCGGUCGAACUCGUUUGUCGGAACAGAGGAGUAUAUUUCGCCGGAGGUCGUUCGAGGCGAGGGACAUGAAUUCGCCGUCGACUGGUGGGCCCUGGGGAUUCUCACGUACGAGAUGCUCUACGGGACGACGCCGUUUAAGGGGAAGAACCGGAAAGAGACGUUUGGAAACGUUCUGUUGAAAGCUCCGGAGUUGAUCGGAAAGCGUUCGGAUUUAACGGAUUUAAUCGAACGGUUGCUAGUGAAGGACCCCACCAGGCGGUUAGGGUACGUACGCGGCGCAUGUGAGAUCAAAGAGCAUGCGUUUUUUAACGGCGUGAAGUGGGACCUAUUAACGGAGGUCAUGCGUCCGCCAUUUUUACCCCCUGACGAAGAAACGGAGUUGACGAAGAAUCCAGCGCUCGGUGGUGUGGGUAUAACGGAAUACUUCCAUAGACAGAGAUCCCCGGCUUCGUUUCCACCAUCGGCGUCGUCAACUCCGUCGACCUCCUUCAGUUGGGAGAAUAACAACAACAAGUGUUUGACGGAGUUCUGACACACGUGCGGCGGGGUUGCACGCGUAAGAGUUCGAUAUUCUUUGGCCUGCUUGUGUAGUUUUAGACUUUAGUGUACAUAAAUGGAAUAACCCAGCAGUAGACGAACGUGAAAAUUGAUGAACAUUAAUGCGUUGUUAAGGUAGAGAUUAAUUUGGUAGCAACUAAAUCAUGAAUGCUUAAUGUAAUUGAAUGGAAGGAAUGUCACGCGCUAGGGAGGCGCGUGUUUUCCC